CUCCUUUGCCUCUAUCGUCCCUAUAACUCGAUUGUUCAUUACUACCAUCAAUGUUUUUUCUUCUCUUCUUCUUUUUUCCCAUUUCUUCUUGUUUUCCCAAUCCUUAAAUUUGAUGGAAACACUCAAAGAAGCGAAGAUCAUUGCGAAGACUUUUGUAAAGCUUGAUUUGAAUCAGAAAUCCAAUUCAAAGCCUGCUUAUUCUAAUCCCUUCGCUACAUCUACAUCUCUCGAUUUGAAUCAGAAAUCCAGUUUCAAGCCUACUACGUCUCAAUCCUCUGGAACAGGAUUGCCCUUUGAGAGGAAGAAACCUCCAAGUUUAGUUAGUUUGUGCGUUGGAGUUAUUGGCAAGCAUUUGGAAGAUAUAAUUCCUGACUUGGAUGAGAUUAGUGCCAACUUUCCGUCAGAUGUGAAGAAAUCACUAGCAGCAGUUGCCCGAAGAAGAAAAUUACUGGACGACGAUAUUAUUAUCUCCCUAGCAGAUAGUUCGUGGGAAACCCUCAACGUUUCUGGUUCAGAAGUUUCUGAUUUUGGGUUAGCAGAAGUUGCCAAGACAUGCAAAUUUCUUAGAGCUGUGGAUAUUAGUCGAUGCAACAAGAUCACGGCUGCUGGUGUUUCUGAGCUUGUUCAGCAUUGUUGUUCCUUGGAGACACUGCGUUGCGGAGGGUGUCCGAGGAGCGAUGACACGGCACGAAGGUCCUUGGAUAUAUUUAAACCAAGGCUGGAUGAUAUAGAAGGAGAUUCAUGGGAGGAGCUUGAUACAGCUGAAAUUGCCAAUGGGGCACAAUCACUUCGGUGGUUAGUCUGGCCAAAAAUAGAUAAAGAUUCCUUGGAGAUUUUCUCCACAGAAUGUCCACGCAUUACAAUAAACCCAAAGCCAUCACCUUUCGGUUUCAGGGGGAAGCGAGUUCCAGGGGAAGCGUUGCCAAACAUUGCAUUAGAUGAACACGCCAUAGUUGAUAUCAAUCCCGAGACAUGGGCAGUGGGCAGACCCACAGCAAAGGCUCCAGUUUCUCCAUCAAAUCCUUCAGAAUUGUCUUUGGCUGAGAAAUUCAGACUUGCAUUUGUGGAAAGGGACACACGGUUAGCUCCAAAACGAGCCAAGAAUGCGAGGCAACAUCAAAGACGUGCGGAGAGGGAGUGGAUGACAACGAGUACAAGAGCCAAGGCUCUGGUCUUGGCUUCUCAAGCAAGUAAAACUUUGCAGAGUCGCACAUAGCUAUUAGCUACAACAGUUUCUCCUUACAUUUUGAUUAUUAAGAACAUACAUGAGGUUCGACUUCCUCAUAAUUUCUAUACUAUUAUGAGAUCCGAAUGCAAGAUCGAUAAAUGUAAUGUACCAUACAAAAAGUAAUUUCAAUCCUGGCUCUCUUUUUGAAUAAGUUUGCCUGCUA